AUGUCCAAAUUAUCCACGAGCCCGCAUAGGAUAUCUGACGACGCCCAGAGGCAGCAGGACGAGCCUCUGCUUGGCCUAAGCGACGACCCAGACGCAUACAAUUUUGUUCAUGGUGCAUCUGAGUCCACUCCGGUCGUCUCUGCCUUGAGCGGAGACGCGAGCGUACCCUGGUACCGGCGUCCAUCGCCCGCAUGGGUACUUGUUGGCACAUUUCUUGCAGCAAUAGCUCUCUCUUCUACCAUUGCACCGAGAGUAGAACUCUUUGUCAAGCUUGCUUGCCAGGAAAUCCAUCCGGACUAUGAGCCAAUGCGCGUAUAUCAUCCUGCCGGGGGAGUAAUGGAUUGGCCAUCGAGCAUUGGCACAGUCACCAUACCCCGACCCUCCGCCAAAUGUCAGUCAGAUCCUGCCGUCCAGCAAGCCGCCGCGCGUUUGGGGGCAACCCUCACGACCAUUAUGGGUUCAAUCAGCUGCGUGACAGCUGGAUGGUGGGGAAAGUUUAGCGACCGUUACGGUCGUGUCCGCCUACUUGCUCUCACUCUUGUUGGAGGAGUCUGCUCCGACUUGAUUCUAGUGUUUGUUGCACUGGCAUCGGACAGACUUCCUGGAGGCUAUCGCUUCUUGACUGUCGCUCCCGUUAUCGAUGGUCUCAUGGGGGGUAUUGCAACUGGAUCUGCCGCAACGCACGCCUACUUGAGCGACACGACAAGCUCUGCCAAUCGAUCUCGCGUAUUUUCCCUGCUACUCGGUCUUCUGUUCACAGGAAUGGCAUGUGGUCCUCUCAUAGGUGCCCAACUCAUUAGCUGGAGCGGCGACCUCCUUUCCGUGUUUUAUCUGGCUGCCCUCGUACAUUUUACAUACCUUCUUCUCACCAUCUUCAUCUUACCAGAGUCUCUCACCAAAGAGCGUGCAGCCGCGAACACGGAGCAAGCAAGAAAGCAGGCAGAAGACAAGAAACUCCGGCGUCAGCAAGAAGUCUGGCAGGACAUGAGCGUUGUCCAGCGCAUUUUACGGGUGCUAGGCCAUGUAUUCUUCUUCCUUGAGCCACUAUCAAUCUUCGUCCCUCGUAAGCGGGGCCCUGGAGGACGAAGAAAUUGGAAUUUGUUGAUUAUUGCGAUCACAUACGGAUGUGUCGCGCUGAUUGUGGGCUCGUACCAGUUCAAGUUUCAAUACGCCAACUACGUCUAUGGGUGGACAUCUCAGCAGCUUGGAACCUGGCUCAGUAUCGUUGGUACGCUACGUGCCAUCAAUCUCAUUGUUAUCCUUCCCGCAUUCAUCAAAUACUUUGGUCCCAAACCACAAUCCUCUCAGACCCCGGGAGACGGAAACUCGUUGCCUGGAGGUCUUCCUCACAGCGCGAGGUUUGACCUCCUUGUGAUCCGGCUAUGUCUCUGUCUCGAACUUGUCCAAUACUCCAUCGCCAUCGCAUCUCAAACUGCGCUCGUAUGGGCUAGUGCCACCAUCGUCAGCUCAUUUACGGGAGGAAUUGGGCCGUCGCUUCAAGCGCUCGCUGUCGAGACCUUUAGCGCGAGUGAGAAAUCUCAUGUCGUUCGCGAUAACGAUACACAGUCUGGUGGAGAUACCCAAGCUUCUGGAGAGGAAGAUGGGCCGCGAAGAGAGAGCGAUGAAAGGAAACGAAGCGGGCAAAAUUAUGGACAACUAUUCGGCGCGAUGGCUGUCGUGCAAGCGCUCUGCUCGCAAAUGCUUGGACCAGCCUUCUUCGGCGCCGUCUUUGUAGCGAGCAUCAAAACGUUUCCAAAAGGGAUAUUCGUGGCAGGGAUGUGUAUCAUCGGACUGGCGCUCGUCUUCAUCUCCUUCGUUCGCAUUCCUCGUCCAUCGCCUAUUGACUCUGAACGCGAACCGCUCCUCUCGCCGAGUCACGAAGGCGAAUAA